UGCCCCGGGGGAAUGUCUAGGGGCUUACUGUAAGUCGCUCUAGAUAAGAGUGUCUACUAAAUGUAAAUAUAUCUGCAUAUACAAUUGAGUUAUUUCGGUGCCUUAUUUGACCCUCGGCUGAUUGUACAGCACUUUGUAUAAAACAGUGUGUUUGUACAAAUGUGCUAUAGAAAUAAAUUUGACUUGACUUCAAUCAGGUCUUAACUUUCACUUGUACUUUGAUUGGCCUUAGUUUCUGGUGAAAAGCCAGUUAAAGUAUGUACACUGAAUGCCCUGCGGAUGGCAGCAAUGCACCAGAUUUAGCUCGUGAGACUUGUCCCACUGCUAAAAGCAGAAAGCAGCCCAGGCUUGGGUCUCUGUGUCAGCAAAGAGUUCUCACUGUUGUCCAUAACCUUCAGAGAGAGCAGCAGACCAAGCCCCGGGGUUCAACUGAGACUGGAACACUUACUCUGAUAAGCUACGAGCUGUUAGGGGUCAGGGCCCACGCUGUGACUGCAGGAUGGUGCUUGAGGAAAAAACUAACAGCUGUGGGACAAUAUGUCUAAAAUAUCUUCUGUUCACCUUUAACCUUCUUUUCUGGCUGGCAGGUGGAGCUGUUAUGGCAGUGGGAGUGUGGACCAUGGUGGAGAAGAGUGACUAUAUCAGUCUACUCAGCUCCAGCUACUACUCCAUUUCCGCCUACAUCUUGAUAGCUGCUGGGGCCAUCGUUAUAAUGACAGGGAUUAUAGGGUGCUGUGCCACUCUGAAGGAGAUGAAGAGUCUUCUGAUAGUGUACCUUGUUUUGUUGCUCUGUAUUUUCCUGUUGGAAAUUACAGCUGGGGUGCUGGCAUAUAUCAACUACCAGGAGUGUUUCCCUCUAUGCCAUCAGUUGGAUGAACAGCUGAAACAAAACCUGAAGGAAACAAUGGUGAUGAAAUAUCACCAGCCCGGUGAAGAGAGCAUCACCCAAGCAGUAGACAAGCUUCAACAAGAGUUCAAGUGUUGUGGCAGUAACAACUCUUCUGACUGGUCAGCCAGUGUGUGGAUUCAGGCAGCACCGAAUGACAGGCUGGUCCCUGACAGCUGCUGCAAAACCCCCAGUGACCACUGUGGUCGCAGGGACCAUCCCAGCAAUAUUUAUAAUGUGGAGGGAGGUUGCAUCACCAAGUUAGAGGAAUUCAUCCUGAGUCAAUUGCAGAUCCUUGGUGCAGUGGGUAUAGGAAUUGCUUUUCUUCAGCUUAUUGGGAUGAUGUUUACUUGCUGCCUUUAUCGAAAUCUAAAGGAGGAGCCAUACUAAAUCUGGAAGCAUUCAGAAGUGAAAAUAUUUUUGCCAAAUGUUUUAGAUAUUUGUGCUAUUGCCAACAGAUGGGUUAAGAUCAGCAGUGCGUUCCCUGAUUGAAUUAAUCUCAACCCCACCCUUAACUACAUCAUCAAAUAUUUUUAUAAAAUGAUCAAACUAACCCUAGCUGGCUGCUGGAUAGCCAGUGUUCUAUUGUGAAAUACAGUAGCAUUGCAUGUUUUCUUUUCCAAAAUGUUUGCCCCAACUAUCUAAUGAUAUUUUAAGUAUGACCUUAUUAAAAAUAGCUUAGUUUUUUUCUUGCUUGACGUCUUUUGUCAAUUGUCACUAAUGAUUUAUUGUGCAAACGCCUAGCCACAGUUUCAAGCAUGCCUCCACCUCUACUGGAGCCGUUAUAUUAGCUCCAUGACUGGAGCGCCUCAGCUUGAAGCAAAAGGUGGGAUUGCAUAUCCGAUUUGGCACCUGGCCCGUUCCGGCGAUGUGUUUUAUAUUAAAAUGUUCUGAACUCGAA